CUCGGAGAACUCCUCGGCCGAGAGGGAUUUAGCGGACGUCAAGUCCUCGCUGGUCAACGAGUCCGAAACGAAUCAGAACAGCUCGUCGGACUCGGAGGCGGAGAGGCGGCCCCCGCCUCGCUCCGAAACUUUCCGAGAGAAAUCCCGGGAAAGUUUGGAAGAAGCUGCGAAAAGGCAAGAUGGAGGGUUGUUUAAGGGCCCACCCUACCCCGGUUAUCCCUUCAUCAUGAUCCCCGACCUGACCAGCCCGUACCUCCCCAAUGGGUCGCUGUCUCCGACUGCAAGAACAUAUCUCCAGAUGAAAUGGCCACUGCUUGAUGUACAGGCAGGGAGCCUUCAGAGUAGACAAGCCCUCAAGGAUGCUAGGUCUCCAUCUCCAGCACACAUUGUUUCUAACAAAGUGCCAGUUGUGCAGCACCCACACCAUGUACACCCUCUUACACCGCUUAUCACAUACAGCAAUGAGCACUUCACACCAGGAAACCCUCCUCCACACUUACCGGCUGACGUAGAUCCAAAAACAGGAAUUCCAAGGCCUCCGCAUCCUCCGGAUAUAUCUCCCUAUUAUCCAUUAUCGCCAGGCACUGUAGGACAAAUCCCCCAUCCGCUAGGAUGGUUAGUACCACAGCAAGGUCAACCAGUUUAUCCAAUCACGACAGGGGGAUUCCGGCAUCCUUACCCAACAGCUCUGACUGUCAAUGCUUCCAUGUCAAGUUUUCUCACGCAUACCAUCCCAAGUAUGCACAGCUUUCUCUCCUCUAGGUUCCCUCCACACAUGGUCCCGCCACAUCAUAGUUUACAUACAACUGGAAUCCCUCAUCCGGCCAUAGUCACGCCAACAGUCAAACAGGAAUCUUCCCAGAGCGAUGUUGGCUCACUCCACAGCUCAAAACAUCAGGACUCCAAAAAAGAAGAGGAGAAAAAGAAGCCACACAUAAAGAAACCUCUUAAUGCAUUUAUGUUGUAUAUGAAGGAAAUGAGAGCAAAAGUUGUAGCAGAAUGCACGUUGAAAGAGAGUGCCGCCAUCAAUCAAAUCCUUGGUCGAAGGUGGCAUGCGUUAUCCAGAGAAGAACAAGCGAAAUACUAUGAGCUAGCAAGAAAGGAACGACAGCUACAUAUGCAGCUUUACCCGGGCUGGUCCGCACGGGAUAACUAUGUAGGUUCCUAUGGAAAGAAGAAGAAGAGGAAAAGGGAUAAGCAGCCAGGAGAGACCAAUGAACACAGCGAAUGUUUCCUAAAUCCUUGCCUUUCACUUCCUCCGAUUACAGACCUGAGCGCUCCUAAGAAAUGCCGAGCGCGCUUUGGCCUUGAUCAACAGAAUAACUGGUGCGGCCCCUGCAGGAGAAAAAAAAAGUGCGUUCGCUACAUACAAGGUGAAGGCAGCUGCGUCAGCCCACCCUCUUCAGAUGGAAGCUUACUAGACUCUCCUCCUUCGUCUCCUAACAUGCUAGCCUCCCCCCCAAGAGACUCAAAGCCACAGACUGAACAAACGCAACCUCUCUCGCUCACAUUGAAACCCGACCCACUGGCACACCUCUCCCUGAUGCCACCGCCAUCCUCUUUAGUCCUGACCGAAACCUCCGCCAGCAAGCCCAGCGCCCUGUCUGCUACUAAUUGUCAGAACGGGGCAUUGGAUCAUCAGCCUGCCACUUUACAGCCGUCAGCAGCACCCUCCUCAUCGUUAGCACAACCUUCGACAUCCUCUUUGCAUUCCCAUAAUUCGUUGGCCGGGACACAGCCCCAGCCACUGUCACUUGUAACCAAGUCUUUAGAAUAGCUUUAGCCUCUUUAGCCCUUUAUUUUUAAUGUGUUGGGUAUUUUGGAUCAGUUAUUUUGGUUGUUUUGGUUGGUUGUUUUUUUUUUUCCCCCCUCGGGUUUUUGUUUUUGUUUUUUAAAUUCGUGCCAUAUGGCUACAUUAGUUGAUGUUUAUCGAGUUCAUUGGUCAAUAUUUGACCCAUCGUUAUUUCAAUUUCUCCUUUUAAAUAUGUAGAUGAGAAAGCCUCAUGAUUCUGCCAAAAUUUUUAUCAACAGCUGUUUAAAGUCUUUGUAGCGUUUAAAAAAUAUAUAUAUAUACAUAACUGUUAUGUAGUUCCAAUAGCUUAGUUUUAAAGACUGAUUUUAAAAAAUAAAAGAGAAGCAAUUUUGAAGCAGCCCUCGCAGAAGGUGUUGGUUCUUUAUUAUUUGUAUUAAAUACGAGCUUGCGAACCAAUCAUUUUACAUCUGGUUUUUAAACCUUUAAGGGCACAAUGAAUGCAGUGCCGCUACUUUUUUUUUUCUUCCUCGUGUGAAACAACCUUUAUUGUGAUGUUACUUGUUAUUGUUUAAAUGUACAGAAACAAAGGGUUAAAAAUGUGUUAAUAUACCUUGUUCCAUGGUGUUGUUCUUUUUGGGGGAGGGAAUGCUACACACAAUUAAAAGUAUCACAAUGCUAUUGGACCAGUAGUAUUUAUUGCUUUAGAGAUUGCUUGUUGUAUCUGUAUGUUGUCCCUUUUUAAAUGUUUUUUUUCCUUUUUUCCCCCUUGAAACAUUGUAUAAAGUUUUUUUCCCCUUUAGUGUAAGCAUCUUAUAUAUAACAACUCAUUUGUACAAGGUUUUUAAGUUUAUAUAUAAAUGUGUAUAUAUAUAUUUUUUCGGGGGGGGUCUUGUUUUUGUUUUGUUGUUUUAAUUUCUUUUUUUUUUCUGUAUGAAACACAGUUGCCACCAAAAGGACAUUUGCAGAUGCAUUUUAAAGGAUCAAUAGUGUAAAAAUAAGUAAAUCAAACAAAAGCCAUUACACACACACGCGCACACGCGCGCACACACACACACGCAUACAAACACACACAAAGACUUGAAAAUUAGCAAGGGAAUUUUUAGUAACGUCCAAGCGUCUCGUUCAGAACUGCAGUUGAAUCCCUGCGACAUUAGGACUGUAGACUGUGUGCAAAAAUUUUUAUGUGCCAAAAUUCUCAGUGACUUCUAACUUUUCUCCCAAUGACUUUUUAUUAUUAUUUUUUUUUAAUGCUGUAAUUUUUUUGUUCAUCAUGUUUUGCUGUGAUGUUACAUAGGUAGAUAUAUAUGUAGUUUUAAUGUCACCUAUAACAGAUGUGUUUGGUAGCAGAUUGUCCGGAAAGCAUUUAAAAUGAAGAGGUGUAAACCCUUAAGGGCCAAAUUCUGUAUAUUAGAAUAUUCAUAAAAGGAAAAUCAGACUGCCACUUUUAUGUACACUUACUACAUACAGGUAGGUAGCAAACUUAAAACAAAAAAAAAAAUCCUAGGCAUGUUGAUGUUGCAAAAAACGCUGUAUAAAGCUGAAAAAUUGUUCAUCUGUUCAUUCAGUGCCAUUGUAGUUGACAUGAAGCGAUUGUAAAACUGUCUCAGAUUUUUCUCUGGUUUAUUAAAAUGCUAACUAUAACAUUUUUUGUGAAUACUUUGAAUGUUUCCUAACAGUUGUGAUGUUACUGUUCCGUUUUAUGCUCUUAUUCCGAUUUUUCAUUUUUAAUGGUUUGGAAGCCAUUUUUUGUAAUGAAUAAAUGUUCAUGCUGUACAGUAUCUGUAGCAUGCAGUUCUGGAUUAAUAAAAGCAACUUAGUAUGUGCAGAGAA